CAUGCGUUGCGUGUUAGACCGAUCGGUAACGUUUCGUGCUCAAAUCUCGAAGUAAACACAUAUUGUUAUAAUCAUCGUUUCGGUGAUUGUAGAUAAUUUAAUUUUUUUAUUUUAUUAUCAAACGGUUUUAAAUUUAAUCCGAAUUCGCGUCUCGCGACCAGCGUGUAGUGUAUUUGUACGUCGUUCCCUGAGCAGCACGUCCUGAAUUACAUAUAUCGUCCAAUAACGAACAAAAUUGGUAGUGUUCGUUUUGUCUGUCCGUCCGCCUUAUAACGCCCAAAUAUUGAUUUCCAGUCGGCCGGGAAACCGCGAUAAAAUUUGCACCUAAAUUUUCACCAAAAACAGAUCUGUCAUUUGAUAAAAUGGGCGAAAGACGUGGUACUAAGGCUUUAGAACUAUGGUGUAAACGAGUGACCCAAGGAUAUGACGGAGUGUCUAUCGAAAACAUGUCGACAUCCUGGAAAGACGGACUUGCCUUUUGUGCAUUAAUCCAUCAUUUCAGACCAGAUUUAAUUGAUUAUGGUAGUCUAGACAAAAAUGAUGUUUACGGUAACAACGAAUUGGCGUUUAGAAUCGCCGAAAAUCAUCUUGGCAUUCCAGCUCUUCUGGAUCCCGAAGACAUGGCUUGUGUUGAAAUACCAGACAGAUUAUCUAUUCUCACCUACUUGUCACAGUUUUACCAAACUUUCUCAUCGCAAGCCACGACACCCGUGAAGACGUCACCCGAAUCGCCAAUCACGGUCGAACGGCCCAGAACCAACCCGGGAUCCGGCCAAAAUCCUCCAACCAAGUUAGGUGCAGGCGUUGGCGGUUGUAAGGUUUGCAACCAGUCCGUGUUCCUAGCCCAACGUCUGCUCAUAUCUGGCCACCUGUUCCACCGAACGUGUUUCAAAUGCGCCCGGUGCGGCGCCCUGCUGAGCGUGGCCAAUUACUACGAGACCCAGGACGGCAAGUAUUGCUGCGAGACGUGUCCCGACGAAGAGCGCACGGUGACUGCCGCUGACGGCGUUACCGUCAGUGCCACCGUCGACGACCGCGGGUCUCUAGUGGGCAACCGCCGGGCGUUGUUCGAGACGCUCGCCUCGUCCGUCGACUGCACGGAUGACGUGAAAGCGUCGAAAAAAGCUCAGCGACCCGCCACCCUCAGAAUGUCGUCGGUCGUCGCCGCCCCGGCACAACCCCAACCGACGACCGCCAUCGAAGAAGAAGAGGUCGCGCCGGUCACCGUCGUCACCACCAGCGAUGACAAUGACAGCGGCGUGAUCGUUAGCGACAAAAAGGAAGAAAGAGCCGUCGGCGAGAAGAAGACGUCCGCCAGCGUGUGCGGGAGUCACGAGAGUCUGUCCGACACCGUCGCCGACGAACCCAAAGAAGACGAUGAAGAAGAGGAAGUCGUUCCCCAUAUCGACUCGGAGACAAAGGUGGCGGCCGAGGAGAAAGAGGAGAAGAAGGCGAACGUAGAAGACACGACUGUCGUGUCCCCCGAACCGCCGCCGCCGCCGCCGCCCACCGUUAAUUCCGUCUCCGAAUUCCUAGAAUCGAAUAACUUGAGUAGUCCGUGUUCGCUGCCGGACGACUUGAAAGAACAGCUAAGCAAAGAGUCGGGUGACUCGCCGAACGACGUCCAACAGUCGUUGCUACCGGACGACCUGAAACGUCAGGUUCUAGACCGGUCUCCGGACGAACCCGAGUCGUGCCACAAGGAGUCGGCGGAAUCGCCAGAAGACCUGGAAAUCAAAACGCUGGCCAACAAGCUGCUCAAAAUGGACUACUACGAGAGCAGCGCCAAGGAAGUACCGGUGCCUAGUCCUAGGAAAAAAAUCAAGUCUCCGCCUACCCUCGUUGCACCUGUCAACAGCUAUCCGGACAGUUUGAAUCCGUUUGACGACGAAGACGAAGAAGAAACCGGCACAAAUCACAAACAAGACAAGCACGACAACAGCAGCAACACAAAUCCUUUCGGUUCGGACUUGGAAGACGAGGAAGAACUACCGAUCAAGAAGAAGACGCCGGCCAGUUUGAAUCCGUUUUCGAGUGACGAUGACGAUGACGCGGCCGUGCCUCCACCUCCUCAACCGAAACCCAGAACGUCUUUGGGUUCUCCCGUUGUAAAACAGCGGAAUAAAACGCAUCGGAAACAGAGCAGUGCUUCCAGCAUAUCUUCUUACUCGAAUACUCCGAGGAAGAAAAAACCAGCCCCACCCCCACCCAUUUUUAAAGGAGGGUACACCAACGGUGGUGGUGGUAAUGCUCACCACAUGUCCUCGCCCAACAGUCUCGAGGAUUCCAGUUGCAGCGGUAGUGAACCCUCAUCGUCAGUGGCCAGCAACCAGGAUCGGUACAGGUUGCACAAGAGUACGCACGGCAAAUGGAAACGGAAGAAAGGUCCGGCGCCUCAGUGUCCAAUACCGCAGAGGAGACGGAUCAAGCCCAUGCCCAUUGCCAACAUAAAGCAAGAGCUGCUGGACAUCGAGAUUAAGCAACAGGAACUGGAAAGGCAAGGUGUUAAGCUGGAAAAAGACAUUCGACUUAAGUGCAACGAAGACUUGAACAAUGUCGACGUUGAAGAAAUGGUACUACAGCUGUUCGAGUUGGUCAACGAAAAAAACGAAUUGUUCAGAAAGCACGCCGAGCUGAUGUAUCUGCGAAGGCAAAACAACCUGGAAGAAGAACACGCAGAGUUGGAGUACCAGAUACGUGUGUUGAUGUCUCGGCCUGACCACACCAAAACGGAUACGGAUAAGGCGCGAGAAGAAGAACUCAUUCAGAGGUUAGUCGAAGUGGUAGAGAGGCGCAACGAGAUCGUCGAGAACCUAGAAAAAGACAGGCUACGUGAAGCCGAAGAGGAUCGUAGCGUAUUCAACCAGAUCGGAACUUUUGCUCAAGAUGAAACUUUGCCAUGCAAAAAGCCCGCUGAACCGCCCGCAAUGGACGGUAAAAAAACAUUUUCCAAAAGACUGCUGAAGAAUAUCAAAAUGGUGAAAUCAAAAAAAGACAAGGACUCGAAGGAUUCGUCGCCGUCACGCUCACCAUCGAUAUCGUCACACAGCAAAGGCACGCUCAAGAAGCUCAUGACGCUUGGCCAUUCGUCCAAAAAAACCUUGAGACCAAAGUCCAGUUAGACAUUAAUUUCGAUACUCUAACUGUAAAUAUAUAUUAUAUUGUUUGUAUUUACAAGUUUUAUUGUGCUUAUAAAUAAAUACGUUCUCGUGUCAUGUCCACACAACAAGUCGAUCAAGUCGAUGUUGUAUUUAUUUCGUAUUCAACAGUACAUUGUUAUUUUUGACGUACGGUUCAAUACAGACAUGCGAUAUAAUAUUAUCAUUAUUAACUGUAUCAUAUCUAUUUUCUACCUAUUACAUGUUUUGUAUUUACGAUUUUGACGUUAUAUCGUUUAAAUUUUACAAUUAUAUUCUUAUUUAAUGCUAUUGAAUUUUUUUUUUUGUCGUAUAUCUAUAAUAUAAAUAAGUCGGUUUGUUGAACUUAGAUUAAUGUUAAUAUUAUUUAAUGAUUUUGCGUACGCUUUUUGUAUUCUCACGAUUCAUAUGCUGCAGGAUUACAUACAUUCGUAUAUAAUAUUUAUAUAUUUAUUAUUUGUUGUGUACUUAUACGCUUAUUUACUUAUAUUAGGAAACAUUCGACAAUUAUACCAAUUACGUGUUUAGCAAUUAUUAAACUACGUGAUAAAUGUAGGUCGUUAAGGUACAUAAUUUAUAUAUUGAUGUUUUAAUAUGUUUAUACGCGUUUAUAAUAUAAUAAAUAUUAAAAAAACUGUAUUUAUUAUACUAACAUUGUAUUAAUUUAA